GCUCGACAUCCGGGGCUCCUUCGCGCCCCCUCCCCCCUCCCCACGGCCGUUCGCACUCGGCUAUGGCGGAGGCCUCAAUUGGGAGGCAAAGCCCCAGGGUUAUAUCCUACCCUGCCCACAAUCUAUGUCCUGGAAGAGCCAGCCUUCAUACCACGGCAGUGGUUUCUAUGGGCUCAGCUGACCACCGCUUCAACCUGGCUGAGAUCCUGUCGCAGAACUACGGGGUGCGGGAAGAGACGGAAGAGGAGGAGGAAGAGGCGGAAGAGCACCACCAGGACCACGAACAGGGGAAAGCAAAGCCUUUUGACGAUCUAGAGAAGAGCUUCCAUGCCUCCCAGAACACGGAAAUGCCCUUUGAGGAACUGCUGGCGCUCUAUGGCUAUGAGGCCUCUGACCCCAUCUCUUCUGAGCAGGAGAGCGAGAGCAAUGAUGCUGCCCCAAACCUCCCGGACAUGACCUUGGACAAGGAACAAAUAGCAAAGGAUCUCCUUUCCGGGGAAGAGGAAGAGGAGACACAGUCUUCAGCCGACGAUCUCACACCUUCAGUCACAUCCCACGAUGCCUCGGAUCUUUUCCGCAAUCAAACUGGCUCGGGCUUCCUUGCCGACGAAGACAAGGGCCACUGCUCUUCCCCUUCUGCUACUUUCUCAGCGGAGGACUCCGAAGAAGACUCUAUCCCCAGAAAUGACUGCAAGAAGGAGAUUAUGGUUGGGCCUCAGUACCAGGCAGCAGUUCCCCUCCUCAACUUAUACCAACACAGUGAAAAAGCAGUCUACGAAAAUGAAGACCAGUUGCUUUGGGACCCAAACAUCCUCCCGGAGCAAGAUGUCGAAGAGUUCCUGUUCCGUGCCAUCAAGAGGCGGUGGGAUGGGGUCUCCAAUGUCAACCUUGUGGAAGGAGAGGCAGUGAAGGAUAAUGAACAGGCCUUGUACGAAUUGGUGAAAUGCAACUUCAAUGCAGAAGAAGCUCUCCGGAGGCUCCGGUUCAACGUGAAGGUCAUUCGAGAUGAACUGUGUGCCUGGAGUGAAGAGGAAUGCAGGAACUUUGAGCACGGCUUUCGGGUCCAUGGCAAAAACUUCCACCUGAUUCAAGCCAACAAGGUCCGCACCCGGUCGGUGGGCGAGUGUGUGGAGUACUAUUACAUGUGGAAGAAGUCAGAGCGCUACGAAUACUUCACACAACAGACACGGUUCGGGAAGAAAAAGGAUUUUGCAGAUAAUUUUUUAGAGGGCGGAGAAGGGGAAAAUGCCAGCCGCUCCCGUGGCUCGCCGCCCAUCACGUCGGCAACAGGUUGCCUCAAUCCUCGCUUCAACCCGGAACACUUGGCGAUGGAGGGCACAGAGCCCUUGAGCAUGGAGAGCGCCAGCGAGUCGGGCCAUGGCUAUGAGUGCAGCACUCCUUCAGAAACAAACUGUUCCUUUUAUCCUCCUGAAGAAGGACCCCCAGGUGGCCGAACGUCCCCUUUUCCACAACGCCUGCCAAACCCCUCUUCGGACGACGGCUUCUACUCAACAGUCAAGCAGGAGUCGCUACGGUGCUCAGGGGAAGCUAUUGCCAUGGGCUUCCCCCUUCCUCGGGACAUGGCAGAGCGGCUGCCUUUACUUUCCAGCCACGUGGGACUGAGCGGGGACCCCGAGACGUUGCUGUCCCCUGCGCAAGUGUCCUUAUCCGUCCCCAGCUUUGGCCUCCUCGGCCUCGGAGAGGUCAACAGCUUCUUGGCCGCUCCACCGGCCUGCCCAGCUCCGACGACAGCCCACUUGGACUCCAUGUCUCAGUGACGAUGCUGCUGUUUUGUAGCUUGGGCCCAAAUGCUGGCGGGGGGCAGACCCGAUUCUCUUAGGGGACGCAGAGGUGAGUUGGGGCGGGAGGCCGACCCCACGCCUCUAACCCUGGGAACGGAAUCGGAAGACCCCCUUGGACCUCGCCUCUUUUUUCAGACCACCACCCUGCUUCGAGAUCGCUCUCCGGCAAAACCAAACACCUCCCUAGGGUUGUCUCUCUCUCGGCCUCUGUCAUGAAAAGCCAGCGGAGGGGAAACCGUGGCCCCCGUGGGGUCCUUGCAGAGAAAGGAGGUCAAAGCCAUUUGUGACAGGCAGAAUCUUUCCCAGCCAACCCUUUCUUCUUUAUUCCCAGACACCAAAUGGUGGGGAAGGGCGGCCAGGAUGCUGUGGUAGGGUCCAGAACGGGUUUGGGGCUGAGCAAAGGGAAUGCUAACCUCAAGAAGAGAGACAUACACAGCCAUAACAGUUGACUUACGAUGCCUCACGUGUGCAUGCAUAAUGCUAGGCAAGAUCACCAGCCUCUGGUGCUUUGAGAUAUAAUGGAGGGAGGGAGAGAGAAAGAUUCAUCACAAGCACUUUUGAGGAACAAGGGCAGUCUGGGUUGUGGGGCGGAAGGGUGGUUAUUGUUCUAGAGCAGGCUGCCAGGCAUUUUGGACUUCAGCUCCCAGAAUUCCUGGCCACUGACGAGCUAGGCCGAAACACCUGGAAAGCCACAGGUUGAAGAGGCUUGUUCUAAAGGAAUGGAUGUGGAAAGUAGUUGGCUGUCAACAGUAAGCUGCUUGCAACCUUGGUUUCCAGCUGCAGCGGCAGUCAGUGGUACCUCUUUUGUCAUUUUAUUUAAAUUGGGGAGAUGAAUUCUUGCCCAGUCUUGUAGUUGCACUCUGUGUUACUGGGAUGGAGUUGCUUUUGGUCCCUUUCCCCCUUUUCUGCUCAUUGGUGACUUCCCAGAACAGAUCUGGGCUUUUAAAAGGAAGGAAUAUGUGUGCCCUGCAAGAAGAGCGAGCCAGAGCUCUUCACGUUGAAGGCAAAGCCCAAACUCCCCAUUACACACAAAGGCAUUACGCUCUCUCAACCUAUUUUGCUGAUAUUAGAUACUUUUUUUCUCUUCCCAUUCCAGUAUUUUUUAAAAAUUGAAACUUUUGGGUCUUCCUGCAUUCCUGUCCUUGACAGACUUCGAUUCAAACAUUUAAUGGCUUCUCCGUGAUCAUAUCAUUGGAGACUCUAGGGCAAGGGGGUGAACAAGGAAGGGAAGCAAGUAGAAGGCAUGUACUGCUUUCCCUGGAGUUCAUUUCUGCAAAACUGCUUCUGCAGGUUGAAUGUCUCUUGUUUGACAUCCAAAAUACUCCAAAACGAUCCCACUUGGGUAGCUGAGAUAGUGACACCCUUACUUUCUGAUGGCUUGGUGUACACAAACUUUGCUUUGUGUAUGAAGCUUCCUCCUAGUUUUACAGCACUGUGGCUCUCCGUUAGUGCUUUGUCCCGACAGGGUCACCAAAGUGACAUUACAUGCGCACACGAUCGCAGCCCCUCUCCAGUCAAGACUUUAUUAUGGACCAUAACCAGCACAAAAUAUUGAUUGAUUGGAGAGGGGGUGCAAUCGUUUGUGUGCAACAUCGCAGUGUCGCUUUGACGACCCUGUUGGGACAAAACCCCAGCUGAGCACCUCUCUCUUUAUGAAAGUCUUCCUCAAUUUAGUGAAGCUGAAAGAAGUUUUUAGAGUUGUUAGAGAGUUUUCGGCAGAGUUCUACCUCCCUCGAUGCCAAGGUCUCACCUUGAGUCCCAUACUUCUUGGGUCCUCAUCAACAGCAAAACUGACCAAAAUCAAGGACAUGCAGUAGAGUCUCUCUUCUCCGACCUUUGCUUAUCUGACAUUCCGUCUUAUCCGACACUCUUAUCCAAUGCCCGCCUUCUCCUCCAGCAUUUCCCCUUCAGUUAAAGGAGCACUCCUCAACUCUCUCUCCGUUCCCAAUAAGUGAAAAAGGCAAGACAAGGAGGAAGAGGGAGGAAAGGGGGGAAAGAGGCAGGACCAGAAGCGGAAAUAUCCUCCCUUCUUCCCUCUGGUUUCCACGCUCCUCUUCUGCAUCUGGGCACUUCCUGCUGGGCCGCUCAAGCCCUGAGGCAUUGCCUUGCCUGAACCCUUUGAGUCCCUGUUGUUAGUAUUCUAGGUGUCUAGUGCCGCGUCGGACGGGUAACAGUUGGAGACUCUGUAUUAUCCGACAUUUUUGUUUACCCGAUGUUCUGCUGGCCUAUUUAUGUGGGGUAAGCGAGACUCUACUGUAGAUACCGCUCUGAAAUCUUGCUGUCUUGGUCUUCCAUCCCCUGGUCCCAUUCCAUAAUAAUAUUUUAUUUGUUUCCGGUCUCUCCUAAUGGCUCGAGAUGGGGUGCAACAAAGUUCCUGUGCACCGAACCAUACUAGCACACUCUGUUCCAGAGACUUCCAUUCAUGACUCUCAGGGGUUACAUUUCUUCUUAGAAACCUAAUGCUUCCUAUAAAUCAGUCAGUUUAAGAUUGCCUAAAGGAAGAGGUCUUGGAGGGGAGGAUUUGCUAUUUUCCCCCCUCUCCUUAUAUUAAAAAAAUAAUAAGGUGGACGUACCAGUGUACAUUUUAAGAAACAUGUGACUGGAAGAGAGUGAAUGAUGCAGUAACACACACAGUUCGCAUCCUGAGGUCCCCGAGGGACACUUCGCACUGAAGGGAAUUCGAUUUGUUUCUCUGCUUUCCCAUUGUGUCCUCUAGGUGGCAGCACACACUUCCCUUGGUUCCCCCUAUUGGCAGGGAAGAGGAACUGCUGCGGAUGGGGCGGGGUGUUCAUCUGCCCUUGCUGGGUCAAUGGCAACCAGGAUAUAGCCUCUCUUCUAUAUCUCAGUAUAUCUCUUUCCCUUCGAAAUGGACUCAAUCCACUCCAUCGUUCGUAUUUUUUAUUAUGUCUUUAUUUAUAUAUAUAUAUAAAUAUAUAUCCUUCCAAGUUUGUUUACAGGUUGCAAGGAGGUGGCCUUACCUUUAGGGGUGGGAAGAAAUGCAAUGGUCGGGUUGUGUGCGGAAGGCAGGUGGGACUUCCAGAAAGAAAGGAAAAAGAGAGGAAAGAGAAAGUGCCCGUAUUAUAUUUUCCUUGGUAGAAGGAGGUGGGAUUUUGUCUGUGGAUGCUUUCCUCCUUUUUAAAUAAAUGUUCUGGCGCCCCUCCCCAUUGUUAAAGCAGGGAAGGCCUCCACUGUGAUGAGUAUCCUUCAUUUAUUUAUUUAAUUAAAAAACCUAUGUUUGGGGAAGGGAAAAAAACCCUGCAUCCAA